UCAUUCUUUCCGGUCUGGACGUCGAGAAGAACGUUGCGACGCUUUUCCAUUUUGGCAACAAACGAUUAGUAAAGUGCAUCACUGAACAAUUAUGACAUCAUCGAAUAUUAAAUAUACUUCGAGUAAAGCCAUUGAACACUUCAAUGUGGGGGCUACUCUCAUGAGAAUAACUGGAUAUGUAGACUGCAUCGAGGGAUUAAAAGAAUUACCUAAAUCGGCUUCAAAAUGGAUUUACAAAUGCAUCGUCAAUAAUAAUGAUGGUAAAAGGGUUCGCAUUCUCUUUUGGGGGGAUAGUGCGUUGAGAUACAAUAAGGAGAUCGCAAUGUAUCAGAUUAUUAAGAUUAGUGGUGGUACGAUCAAAUUGGCUAAUCCAACGUAUCGCAGAUCCGGGGACACCGUCAGUGAUAAAGAAUUUCAAUUUGGAUGUGCAAGUACUCUAGAAGUUUUGGGUAUGUUCAACAUUUCUAAAAACGCUGACGGGGCAAUAAAGAAGACAAUAACGUAUCGGCCCAUCGAAAUGAUAGAUGUGUGUACUGCUCGCGAGCCAGUUAUGAUCACUGGGUGGCUCAAGGAACCCUUCAGAAGUAUCUCAACAACCAGUGGUACGAGUUAUGGAAGCGGAAUGAUUUGCACAGACACUCAUCGAAUGACGGUUCAGGUGGCCACGUUUAUUCCCAAUGAGGAAUUGCGUGAAGGGAUGAAACUCACCGUUAAAGGGACAAUCGAUCGUCGACUUGACGCAUUUGUUCUCAAUGCAAAUAGCAUGGAUCAAAUUGCAGUUGUCCCUGGAGCCCCUAUGAUGAGCGAAGACGAUAUGGAGGAUGCUGUAGAAUCACCCCCCCUCAACCCGAAGAGAGAAGCCGAUUUCUCAGAGUCAUCGGAUGGAAAGAAACAGAAAAUUGACUAAUCUCAGUUGCUCGACCUCUUGAGUAUUAUUAUGAUUAUUUUUGACAUUUUAAGAAAAAUAAUUACAUCUAAAAACUCAUUAGAUAAUAUUUCGCAGUUUAUGUCUCAAAUUUGUUACCUUUUCUUCAUGUUAACUGUGAAAUUUGGGUCAUAGUGAAGGCUCUGAUUAUUUUUUUAAGAUUAAGAUUUAUAACAGUGUUUUUCAUAUUUCAUAUAAUUCAUGAAACCAAUUAUUUUAUUUCGUUUUCAUAUAAAGAUGAUUUUAUAAAAAGAAACAUUGAAAGAGUGGCAUGUGUUUUGAAAAAAAAUAUCCAAAUGUAAAACGUCACGAACAUUUGCAGUUUUAUAUCCUUUUCUUUUAUUUUGUCAAUCCUCGGAAUCGAGAAAAAUCAUGACAAUUUUCUUUUUUCUUUAUGGGGCAGUGUGAGGCAAGGUAGAAUGACCCAAUUGUCAAUUGUAAUCUUUUCUAUUUUUAAAAAUCGAAAAGAAUUAGGACAAUUUCUUAAUUUUUCGCACAACACCCAUAUCAAAACUGCAAAUUUUUGUUACGAAAAAAGAAUCUUUAAAAUAUAUGAAGAUUUUAUGGAUUUUUCUAAUCUGUAAUGUUAAAUAUGUAGCAUGUGGAGAACGAAACGAAAUAUUCAAUGCUGUAAUGUCACGAAAGUUAGGAAUUUUGUCUUUGUGUUUUCUUUUUUAUUUUUCUUUCGUUCCGGAAAAUCCAGGAAAAAUUGGAACAAUUUUUUUUCUUUUUUUUACAUCAAUAAGAUGUAAACUGCUAACUUUCGUAAUAAAUAAAAUCUUGCAUGUAGUAUUUAAGUUUUGCCGAAUAUUGUAAAAGUGAAUUGAAACAGAGCAUUUCGAAUUGUCAGAAUUCGUAUCUUUCCUAUCUUUUUGUCAUCACUUAAAACACAAUAUUCAACUGCAAAAUGUAACGCAAAUUUGCGAUUUUCCCAGUUUUUUUUAUUUUAUUGAUUUUUUUUCAGUUUCCACAAAAAUGAGAAUAAUUAAACCAACUUUCUUUUCUUUUUUAACAACAUUGAUGUAAGAAUCGCAAAUUUCUGUGACGAAAAAUUAAUUUAUUUGAGUUUGAUAUUGAAGUCUAAGAGGUGACCAAUCCUAUUUUAUCAAAAAACACUGGAUGGAAAAAUCAGAAAUUGUUUAUGGCCAUUGCGACAGUUACUUACAAAGGCAUGACAUUUUUCUCUUUUCAAUCUGAUUAAUCUAAAAAUUAUAGAAACCGAAUCUAAUAAAAAAAAUGACGUCAUGCCUUUCUAACGCUUUGCUGCAAUGAUUACAAAAAUUUUCAGAUUUUUCCAACCAGUGAUUUUUUUUAGAAAACAAAUUAAAAUCUCUGCGAUCUUGAUGGGGUCUAUUGCCUCUUAAAGAAAACCUAUCCAUCUAUAUAUCCAUGUACGAACGUCAGUAUUCGUUGAUAACAUUAUUGACUGAUUAUUAUUAGCAAAAUAUGGAAAAGAUAUUUAUAUUUGAAUAAGACAAAUGACUGAUUCGUGUAAUUUCAGUAUAUAUCUAUCAACAAAUGAUUGAUUAUGAUAAAAAAUAUCUAAUGAAAUUAUUAUAAGGAUUCAUUGUGAUGUAGACAUAAUGUAAAAA